AGCUUACGUUAGUGUAAGUCUUGCUGCCGAGCCGAGUGGACGUACGCCGCGCUGCUCUUCCCGCCUCGCUCGUGUGUGUUCUGGAUUGUUUUUUUUAUCCGCAACGAGAUUAUUCUUGACUUAAUAGAAUUAUUAAUAAACUGGGAUUCGCUGGUCAGUGAAAAACGAGUUUGUGUGUGUUAAGCUGGUCCGCUUUUGGCUGUGAUCCAAGUAUUGACGUUGAACCGAUCAUGGUUAUAGUGGUUGCAACCCCACCAUGAUGGAGAGCCACCACCUGUAGGACAAUGGAACGUCGACUGAAACUGAAAUCUCUGAAGCGGGUAUACAGCCAGAAGGUCCAGGGGUCGGAGAAGAAGGAUGUCGGCCUGCGGUCCCCGGGCGCCCCGAAGAAGGCCCUGGCCAAGUCCCUGUCCCUCGACUGGCGGCUGCCCCUCGGCAACCCGCCCGACACCGCCGCCAUGGGCCUGCAGAGGAUUGACGAGCUGGACCUGAGUUCAAGCCAGCACCUUUGCCGCAGCGCCACCUGCCCCAGCGUGCCCAACAGCGAUGCCAUGCCCACGCCCCUCGCCCCCACCCCGACCUACGACGACUCGGCCAGGAACUCUCCGGCGCCGUCGUCAGUGACGUCGCUCGAGGACGGCGCCGCCACGCCCGUGUCGCGGCCGCACGAGGAUUAUGACUCCUCGUCGACCGUCCCUACGACGCCCUGCGGCAACCGGCGGCCGAACAGAGGGCUCCGCCGCACGCGGUCACGCCCAGAGGGCCCUGCACCCUCCUUUGGGCCCCGAGCCGCUGCCGCCGCUGCCGCCAUAGGGAGUGGCGGCAGCGUGGGUUCCAGCGUCGGCGGCACCAUUAAACGAUACGUGAGCCUUCUGCGCAGCCGAUCAGCUGUGUCGCACCGGGAGCGCCCCAACAUCGGCCGCAUCAGUCCAGGUAAACAUCCUUGA